AUGUCAAGCGAAAGUUUGAGCGAAAUCAUAGCAGCGGGAAAAGAAUUAGGUUACACUGAUCAAGAGUUGAAAGAUUAUGUAAAAGAGCAGCAAGAUAGGCUAAGAGAUGAGAUAAUUCUUUUGAGAGAAAGAGAGAAGGAAGAGAGAGCGUAUAUAUUAGAAUUAGAGAGAUUGGAUCAGGCAGUGAAAUUGAAAGAAAUAGAAAGUAAGCUUGAACUUGAGAUGAAGAUGAGUCAAGGUAAUGUUAAAAGUGUAGAUACAGAUUCGGGUAUUAAAGCAAGAAUGCCUAAAAUUCCGCCGUUUGAUGAAAGACAUGAUGAAAUGGAUAGCUAUCUUAGACGGUUUGAGCGGUACGCUACGGUCCAACAUUGGGAUAGGAGUACGUGGGCAACUAGUCUUAGUGCGUUAUUGUGUGGGAAAGCAUUAGAUGUGUACGCUUUAAUGUCUUCCGAAACUGCUCAAAAUUAUGACGAACUAAAGUCAGCACUUCUUCGUCGAUAUGAUCUGACGGAAGAUGGAUUCAAGAGAAAGUUCAGAUCCAGUAGACCUGAACCAGAUCAGUUUUCAGAAUCUCGAAACACUAAUGCGUUAAAUCUCUGUCAAAAAUCUUUCAGGAAACAACUAAGUGUUGAUGUGAAAGGUAAGGAUAAUGUUAAAAAUAGUAAGAACCCUCAGAUGGAAAAACAAAAACCGUUCGUACCAAUAUCAGAGCGGAAGUGCUAUCUUUGUGAACGGAAGGGACACAUAGCACCCAACUGCCCUACAAAAGGAAAAAGUAAGUUUUCUGGAGCCGUUCUCAACGAUGCAGAGGACCAUGAGCGAUCACGUGUCAUAGCAAAACUCAGCAGUUACCUCUAUCAGCUGGUUAUGUUAAUGGACGACCUGUUACAUUACUGCGUGACACUGGAUGCAAAAACAUUGUGUACAAAGAAGGUAGUCCCUGUCGCCAAGAUUGAUAUUGAUUCUCCAUAUUUGACAGGUAGGUACAAUGUCUGGUGCAUGGAUAAUCCAGUAUUUGAUCUCAUUAUUGGUGAAGUUAGUGAAGCAAGGAAUCCUUACGAUCCAAAUCCAGAGUGGGAGUCCGUUCUUGCAGUAGAAACAAGACAACAGAGAAGAGAGAAAGAAAAGCCUCAUCCUCCUCUUAAAGUUCCUGAUAUUGUGGUAGAUGAUAUUCAACCAGAUGAUAUUCACCGAGAACAAGAGGUUGACCCAAUUUUAUCUGGUAUACGUGAGAAUGUAAAGGAGCGUAAAACAUCCCCAGAUGGAAAGGUUACCUGGUUUUCUAAAAAUGGGCUAAUGUACAGGGAAUUUAAAGGUGACAAAACAUACAUUCAGCUGAUUGUUCCAUCAAAAUACAGGAAUACCGUUAUGAGGCUAGCCCAUGAAUCAAUCAUGUCAGGACACUUGGCUACCAGUAAGACCAUUAACAGAAUCCUAACGGAGUUCUACUGGCCUGGAAUGAAAUCAGAAAUAAAAAGAUUCUGCCGUUCGUGUGAUACAUGUCAGCGGACGCUACCAAAAGGACGAGUAUCCAAAGUUCCUCUAGUCAAAAUGCCGUUAAUAGACGUUCCAUUCAAAAGAGUGGCUGUAGAUAUUGUGGGACCCUUACAUCCACCAGCCGACAAAGGUAAUAGAUAUAUUUUGACGCUUGUUGAUUAUGCAUCUAGAUACCCAGAAGCAAUUGCAUUGGCAGGAAUCGACACAGAACGCGUUGCCGAAGCCUUGGUUGAGAUAUUUUCCCGAAUAGGUGUCCCCGAAGAAAUGCUCACUGAUAUGGGAAGCCAGUUUACGUCAGCUUUGAUGAAGGAAGUAAGCAGGCUUAUAUCCAUGAGACAACUGACCACAACCCCAUACCAUCCUAUAUGUAAUGGGUUAGUCGAGCGCUUCAAUGGAACUCUAAAACAGAUGCUGAAAAAAAUGUGUAUUGACCGGCCUAAAGACUGGGACAAAUAUUUGCCAGCAUUACUAUUUGCGUAUAGAGAUGUUCCACAAGAUAGUCUUGGGUUUUCACCAUUUGAUUUAGUAUAUGCCAGACCUGUAAGGGGGCCAAUGACGAUCCUGAAGGAACUCUGGACAAAGGAAAUCAAGGAUCCUGAAAUAAAGACAACUUACCAAUAUGUUCUAGAUUUGCGAGACAGACUGGAGUCUACGUGUGAAUUAGCACAUCGAACCCUUGAGGAAUCAUCAGCACGAUACAAGAAAAAUUAUGACAAGAAGACCAGAAGUCGCAGUUUAAAGGCAAGAGAAAAGGUUCUUAUUUUGCUCCCGACAGAUAGCAACAAACUGCUUAUGCAGUGGAAAGGACCAUUUGUAGUUCGCAAUAAGCUUAACAGAGUUGAUUAUGAGAUUGACGUAAAUGGGAAAAGUACGACGUUUCACAUCAAUCUUUUGAAACAAUAUGUAGAACGUGAUCCAGAAGAUGGCAAUCUCCUUUCAUUAGUCACCGCCGAAACUAUCGAUGAUGAGCAACCAAUUGAAUAUUUCAGCUUUCCAAAGAGUGAGUCAUAUCUCAAUGUUGACACUAACGCUGAUCUCCAGGAGAGUCAACAAGAACGCAUCCAAGAAGUUUUACGUGAGUAUACAGAUGUAUUCACUGACAUCCCCGAUUCAACCAAUGUAUUGAACCAUGAGGUGAGAACUACAACAGAUAAACCAGUCAGGAUUGCUCCCAGACAACUCCCAUAUUCAAUGGUAGAGACUAUUAAUGAGAUUAGUUCUUCAAGAUUUAUCAAAUGUAGAGAACUUCAUCGAUGA